CCAAAAAUAAUCCAAAAUGGACGCGCCCAUGGAGCCAAAAGUUCCCUUGAAUGACACCAAAAUGGUGGUUCAUCCACCUCCAAAACCGACACUGGAUCUUUCCAAGUUACCGGAACAAGAAAGAAUACGGAUUCAACAUCAGAGAAUGCAUGAGAAGCACAAAGGCCAUGAAGCAAUGCAUGCAGAGAUGAUUCUCAUCUUAAUAGCAACACUAUUUGUAGCACAGAUACUUCUCGUCCAGUGGAAACAGAGACAUUUCAAAUCAUACCAGAUGGCAACACUGUUUGGCAUGUGGGUCAUACCUGUUUAUUUUUGCGUAUCUAUGCAUUGGACCCGAUUCCUGAUCAUAUGGGCCCUCUUUUCAUUUGUUACAAGUAUUAUUGUUUAUAAAGCAACAAGGAAACCUCUGCCGGGGACAACACCAAGAUUAGUAUACCGUUACUUUUACUCAAUAUACAAAAUCAGUUAUGGACUUGGAAUUAUAGGGUACACAAUCAUAAUGCUCACAUUCGUGGGUUUAAAUCUCAUCUUGAUGAUCAAACCGGAGAUAGCGAUGGACUGUGGCAUGGUUUUCCUGUUUUAUGGUUUAUACUACGGCGUGCUGGGCAGGGACUUUGCAGAGAUCUGUUCAGAAUCGAUGGCAUCACAUAUUGGUUAUUAUACAAAGACUGGUUUACCCGGCAGGGCGUUGGAGCCUUAUAUAUGUGCAGUAUGUGGUCUUACUAUGAGGAUACCGGACGAAGGUGAGGAAGGAGCAGAAAGGAUAUACCAGCUGUCAUGUGGUCACAGGUUUCAUGAAUUUUGCAUACGUGGCUGGUGUAUUGUUGGCAAAAAACAGACGUGCCCUUACUGCAAGGAGAAGGUGGACUUAAAAAGAAUGUUUAAAAAUCCAUGGGAGCGCCCGCAUAUGCUAUUCGGACAGCUGCUCGAUUGGAUCAGGUAUUUGGUCGCCUGGCAACCAGUGAUAUUCCUUCUGGUGCAAGGAUCAUACUACGUAUUAGGCCUUGAGUAGCGGUGAGCUACCAGUUUUAUAGUAUUAUUAAAUAUUUGCUACCAAAUGCUGUCGUGGAUAAGUAAGGACGUAUUCUACAUUGAAGUCCCCAGUUUUCCUUGAAACAGUAAACAGUAAAAAAUAUGUAUAGAAGACUAAUGGAAUUCAGGAAAAAUUCAGAAUUUAACUGAAAAUACUUUUUUGGGGGGGCAAACCUCAUAAUAUAGCAAAAACAUUAAGCAAAACAAAAUCUAAUGAAAUAAUUUGUGCAUCAUCAAAUAAUAUGAACUACAAGCAAAUCAAACCUAUGAAUUUCUCAAGUCAUUGAAAUAUGAUUUGAAUAUUUAGAAUUACACAGUUGCAGGUACAUGAUUUUGUACAGGUCGCUUAAGAAAACAGAAGUUGAGAUUUAGAACUCUGAAGAAGGUAAAACCGAAAAUAGGUUCUUUUUACUUCAGGUACGUCUUGCUACCUGGUGGGGCACUGUGCACUGCACAGCCUUGUAAUGACAUAGUGUGGCAGAGACAUAGAGGCUGUUCUCACUACGUUCCUAAAACUAGUUUACUGGAAACUAGUUUAACGCGUAGUGAGAACGGUCAAAGCGGUCUUGGAAGCGAUCUUCAAAACCAGUUUGGAAAACCACCUCACGAUGUAGUUUUCAAGAUCGCUUUGCGUCGUUAAACUGGUUUUAGCAUAAGUGAGGACACAACCGUUCUGGAAGCGAUCUUCGCACAUUUUGAGCACGCUACUCCACACUACAGGUGUAGAAUGCCUAUGCUGCGGUUUCGAAUUUCGCGCGAAACGUGUCAUCCCACUGAGAGCGUUUCCAUAGCAAUAAGAGGGCUUUAUGUGAAGUGAUUUUGAAAACCACUUUCGUGUGAAAAAGUGGGAACGCUAGCAAAGCGAUCUUCCAAAGUGGUUUCCUGAAUCGGUUUCUAGUAAACUAGUUUUAGAAAGCGUAAUGAGAACGGCCUCAUAGUGUGACAAUAAAUAACACUUGGCAAAGUUUUGCUUAUGUUUGGUAAGCAGGUGUGAGAUUGCCAAAAUAAAAAUGUCACUGAGGCAGAAGAUAAUACUGUAUCCUGUCUGCCAAAAAAAACCCAAAAGAAAACCCAACCAAAGUCCUGAUUGGUUAACUUAAUUCAAAUUAUGAUUUCUCAAGUUUUUCGUCUUUGCUAUCAAGUUUUGAAAAUUUUGAUUUGGAAGUAGGUCUGCACUUUUGUUAAACGGAAAGCAGAGAGCUCUGCCAUACUGUGUCUGGACAUGCUUUUUGAUUUGUAUCAUCUACCAAUAAAUUACAAACGAACCCAUUAACUGUUUUGAGCAUUAUGGGAAAAUGGCGGUUACUCGUGAAAAUCACUUUUAAGUGAAUAUCUUACAACCUCAGGCAGAGUCUUCACAUUCUUGUUAUUGUCUUGUGUUUUGAUUUUGUCAAGUUCAGUGGCAUGGUCUGGUAGGAUACAGGGCAUCGCUUCUCAAUUGUUGGUCUUCGUCCCAUAUGAAAUCUGCAGAGCCUUUUUUGUGGGCCUCAAGAUUAGUCAUAAAAAAUGAAAUGACAACAUGAUGAAGGAAAAUAUUUGUCAAGUAAGUGGGACUUCCUGGACUCAACUUGCUAUUAGGAAAACUAACAUCACAUCAAACUUGCAUAAAAAAAAAAUGAUAAUCCUGUUUAGAAAUUGAAUAUUCAAUUGAAAAUGGGAAUUGAUGUGGGUAGAUAAUUUUGUUGUUGAACUUAUUUAAUCACUUGUUAAAUUCCAUGAUAUCUUAUACGUUACUUUACGCCAUUUUUCAAUUUGAGCGUAUUUGUUUGUUUGGGGUUUUUGCCUUGACAUUUCAAAAGGAUGGUCUCAAGACAAUGAGAAUGAAAACCAUUGUUGGGUGGGCUUUGGAGUAAGAACAGGUUGAGAAUAUCGAUAUUAAUUUCUUACCAGCAAAUAACGUUUACAUUCACAUCAACUAUACCGAUCAGCAAACUGAUCAAUGAUACAUGUAUGUCAUCAAGAAUAAUGUUGCCCCUCUGUAAUUUUAACCCCCCCCCCUGUGAGGGGGUUCCAUGCAUUUUUUAAGGACUCAUGAUCAGUCAUUGUCCGAAUUUUUUAUUGUUUCUGACGUGGUCUGUACAUUGCAGAAAAAGGCCAUGUAUUUCUGUUCUUUUUUUGUCAAACUUUUAUGUUUGUAUUUUCUUAUCCUUUAGUGUUGGAUUCAAAAUUUAUUCAUAAAUUGUCAAAUGUUUUGUUUCUGCUAUUUAAUGACAACUCUUUUUGGCCAAUUCUAGUUGUUUGGUGUCGAAGGGGAUUUUCAUUUUCCAUUAUAAAAAUGUCUUUUGAAAAUUUUUAUAUCAUUUGCUUUUUAUUUGGCUUGUAAUGAAACAUGAAAUAAUUCACAUUUAACUUGUGGAGAAGAGGGGCACGGUUAGUAAAAUGAAUUUAGUUGUAUCAUAUUAAUAAUGUCCUGGUAAUAAGCAAGGAUACAUGUUUGUAUCCCUUGAACUUGUUAAAACUCAACAGGAACUUGCCAAUACAUUAUGCACAUAACUGUAACCAAUCGUAAUAUAUCCCACCUUGUUUUGUGUAAAUUAUCAAAGAAUUGUACUCGAUGUUCUUGCAGAAGUGUCUUUAAUCUAUUCAAAAGUCACUCAACUUAACACCUAGAUUUGCAGCUGGCAACAAGUUAGCUUUAAGAAGCUGCCCAUUUCUUACAAAGCACAAAUUGGCGAUUCCAUACGUGUCGUACGGGACAUUUUGACAGCAUUAGUUUCCUAGCCGAAUGUUUGGGCAAAAAAAAUUAUUUUUGUUUGUCAAUGAUAAGCCUAUAUUGGGUAGUCAUGUGAAAAAAACUAAUAACCAACACAAUAAAAAAUUGAUUAUGGGUAAAUUAUAGGUGAAAAUGUUGUGUCGUAUGGGUCCCGUACGACACGCAACAGUUUAAGCUCUAAUUCACCUAUGGACAACACAGUUUUGUUGGUUGUCAGUUGUUUUGCAUGUCCACCCAGUAGUACUUUGAUAUUACCACAAAGCAAAUUUAAGUUCUUUGUUCGUUUGGACAGCAGGUUGAAAAAUGUUGUGAAAAUGGCUGAUAUCUCUAGCAUGGAAUCGCCCAAAUAAUUCACUCCUGUGCUGUUGUCUGUUCCUGUACAGCAAGAUGCGUAAAAGUUUUCAAAGAAAUUUGAAAGAGAGGGCCAGGGGAUGAAGCGACCAAGUCGUCAUGGGGCGCUCUUUCAUUUGAAAUUGAAGUAUUUUCUGCACACAUGGUGAAUUUUGUCCAAAUUUUCAGUAAAAGACGCCCCCCCCCCUGCACACAGCCAUGUUUCGGACAUGGUCGGACAAACUAGAGGCUCGCAGGCUGUUAAAAAGUACAUACCCCAAAAAAGGAAAAGGUCAACUAUUUUUGUAGUUGACAUCUUAUUUACCCUUUAGAUUUUUGAAGAGACAUGAUGACUGAUUCUACCUCCAUGGUCAACUGUUUUUUUGUCUACAGAACAAAAUUCUUAGCAAAGUGAACAUGUCUCCUGAGUAAGCUUGUAUUAAAGGGUUCGUCAUGUGAGCUUGACUGUUGUAAGAGUUGAAACUAUACCUAAAAGAAUGAAGAAUAUUAUUUAUAAAUAUAGUUUAUAUGUAUGUAUGACAAUGUUACACUUUAUUCUUAGUGUUUGAAAUAAUAAAAUUUAAAUUGUUGUCCUCCAA